AUGCCUUCCAUCCUGGAUAUCGGACUGGGCAAAGUCGGCAGCAACAGCCACCCAAUCCACCCAGCUACCGUGCACCUCCCCAUCGCUUUCCUCCUCGUCGGCUCCGGGCUCGACAUGCUCGCCUACAUCAGCAUGUGCUCGCCCCUCACCGUCAACGCCCUUAGCAGCGUCUUCGGUGUCUUCUUCGACGCCGCCACGCCAGCCGCAAUCAUCUACCACCUCUCGCUCUUCGGCUAUGUCAGCACCUUCGCCGGCGCCGCCACGGCUGUCCCGGCCAUCACGACCGGCCUCGUCGAGGGGUAUGCCAUGGUUGCCGCCAAGGGCCUGGAUCUCUCCAACCCGGUGGUCAAGACGACCGUGAUCCACGCCGGGCUGAACGACGUGGCCGUCCUGGGCGCAUUGUACAACCUGGUGAGCAGGUGGGGACAUACGGCAUUCGCACCCAGAGGAGGGAACGUGGUCGUCAGUGGGGUCAUUCUGGGUGGCGUGGCGUAUGCGGCUUUCUUGGGCGGCGGGCUGGUGUACACCCAUGGGGUGGGUGUGCAACGCAUGGGAAAGGGUAAGGAGGAAAAGGAACAGGGAGAGGCGGCCGAGAAGCGCAAGGAGAGAAAAGAGCUCUAG